GGGAGCGCGGUCACGUGACGGUUGCCGGCCCGCCAAGAUGGCGGCUUCCUGUGUGGUCCUGCUGGCGCUGGCCCUGUCGCUGCUGCUUCUGGUGGCGUGGAAGCGCUGGCGGUGGGGGCGCGCGGCCCGCCACGUGAUUGUCGUGGUGCUGGGCGACGUGGGCCGCAGUCCCCGCAUGCAGUAUCACGCACUGUCGUUGGCCAAGCGCGGCUUCUCCGUGACCUUCUUGGGGUUCUGCACCUCCAAACCCCACGAUGAGCUCUUGCAGAGCGACAGAAUUCGGAUUGUGAGUCUGACAGAACUUCAGAGACUUGCAGUUGGGCCCCACAUUCUCCAGUAUGGAGUCAAAGUUGUGUUUCAGGCAGUGCACUUGCUGUGGAAGUUGAUGUGCAGGAAGCCAGCAGCUUACAUCUUUCUCCAGAACCCUCCGGGCCUGCCCGCCAUUGCCGUGUGCUGGUUUGUAGGCUGCCUCUGCGGGAGCAAGCUCGUCAUCGACUGGCACAACUACACCUACUCCAUUAUGGGUCUGGUGCACGGCCCCGGCCACCCCCUUGUUCUGCUGGCCAAGUGGUAUGAGAAGCUCUGCGGACGCCUGUCCCACCUGAACCUGUGUGUGACCAAUGCGAUGCGGGAAGACCUGGCAGAGAACUGGGGCAUCAAAGCUGUGACUGUCUACGACAAGCCAGCAUCUUUCUUUAAAGAGACGCCUUUGGACCUGCAACACCAGCUCUUUAUGAAGCUGAGCCGCACCUACUCUGCAUUCAGGGCCUGUUCAGAACCCUCGGACCCGGGCAUGGAGAGGUCGGCCUUCACGGAGCGGGAUGCCCAGAGUGGAACAGUGACCUGCCUUCCCGGGCGGCCGGCCCUUUUGGUCAGCAGCACAAGCUGGACAGAGGAUGAAGACUUCUCCGUCUUGUUGGCAGCAUUAGAAAAGUUCGAACAGCUGAUCGACGAUGGAGAAAGCCUCCCUCCUCUGGUCUGUGUUAUAACAGGCAAAGGGCCUCUGAAGGAGUAUUACAGCCGCCUCAUCUGCCAGAAGCAUUUCCAGCACAUCCAGGUCUGUACCCCAUGGCUGGAGGCCGAGGACUACCCCUUGCUUCUAGGGUCUGCGGACCUGGGCGUCUGCCUGCACCGGUCCUCCAGUGGCCUGGACCUGCCCAUGAAGGUGGUGGACAUGUUCGGGUGCUGCCUGCCUGUGUGUGCCGUGAACUUCCAGUGCUUACACGAGCUUGUGAAACACGAGGAAAAUGGCCUGGUCUUCGAGGACUCAGAGGAGCUGGCAGCUCAGUUGCAGAUGCUUUUCUCAAAGUUUCCUGAUCCUGCUGGCAAACUGAACCAGUUCUGCAAGAACCUCCGGGAGUCAGAGCAGCUUCGAUGGGAUGAGAGCUGGAAGCGGACAGUGCUCCCUUUGAUUACGGACACGUGACCCCUUGGGCCAACGACUGAAACUCCUGAGGUGUCCUGUGCUGGACAUCAUGGAGGGACCCUCACACUGACACCCCUCCUUACCUUUCAUCUUCCUCCCCAGGAGCCGGCCCACUUCCCUCCUCACAGCUGCCACUGCUGGCCAGUCCCUGGGCAAACUCUGUAGAGCAGCGCCUCCUGGUGGAUGGAAGCUGAAAGGCUGGCAGUGGGCACUGCCUGGGGAAUGAAGUUACUUUUAAUAAUAAUCAGGAGUUUUUGUUGCCCAGGAAGCUGGCUCAGCCUUCUUUCAUCUUUGGAGGCUCUGAAUCUCUUCUCUCUUUUCUCUUCCUGUCUUAUGAGUCUUUCCCCCAGUUUAUGACUUCUCUGUUAUUUGUGUUGUCUUGAACAUCUCUGCAUCCUUGUUUUGUCUCCUGGUGUCUGCCUUUCCCAGCAUUGCUUGGUUGUGUCCCUAAUAUUUUGAUUCCUGCCUUGAAAAGAGACUUUGCAGCCCACCGCCCUGCAAGGGCAGUCAGAUGUGCCAUGUGUGCAGCGGGCUUGGCUCCGUGAGGGAUGUGCGUCGAGGUUGGGGGAACAUACUUGGUAUGUGUUUUUAUUUGUGCAAAUGAAAUGCUUAUCUCUGAGCCAAAAAUUUCAUUUCUGAUUUAUGGUGAUUUUCUUAAGAACUAAGCCAGCUGGCAGAGAGGGGUCUACGUGCUUGAACAGUUUAUAUUUUAUUCGAACAGUUUGUGGUUCCCGAUUCAGAAUUUAACAUUCUUCAAACAUUCAAGUCCAGUGGAAGUUUUAUCCAAUUCUUUCCAGGACAGUGAUUUAAUUUU